AUGAGCAAUGGCGACGGGGGGCUGCCCGCAGGCGCGAUGGCGGGGCGGCCCACCAGGCGUGGCAGUGCGCUGCGCAGGAAGGAGGAGGCCGAGGUAGGCGCCUCGGCGGCCCGCCGACGGGCGCGGGCGCGGCGCCUCCUCGCCGCCACGGCGGCAGUCGGCAAGGCGGCCAGCGGCGGCCCAGGUUCCUGGCAGGACCGGGAGGCUGCUGCGCGCCCCGCCUUGCGCCGAGCCGCCGCGGGACGCCGCGUCCCAGGCGCAAUGCGGCGGCGGCGGAACGCCGCGUGGCACGCGCUGCUGGUCCCUGCGGGCGGAUUCGCGCGCGCGUCCGUAGCGGGCCUUUCGCGGGCCGCCGCAGGCCCCCGCCUGGGCUGGCUGCCCUCGCUCCCGGAGGCGGCCGCGCUGCCCUUCGGCGACUACGGUGAGGUACCCGACGAGCACUGCCAGGCUCCCGGUGCCAUGGACUGCCCAGUCGUCGCCGUGGCAGUGGACGGCAGCGUCCAGACGGAGCUCCUGGGGGGCGAGGAUCACCUCGAUCGCCUGCGGCGGGUCUUGCGCCAGCGGCUCGAGGCGGCACAGCGGCCCGCGCUCAAGCCUGCCGCUGCCCUGUUUGCCCCGCUGCCCGAGGUGCUCCAGGUACGGAUCGUUGGCAUGCUAUCCCUGCCCGACAGGCUGCGGUUGUGCCAGGCCUCAACUGGGGUCGCCUGGACCUUCGAGAGCAGCCCCUGUCGGCUCGCGGAGGCGCUGGAAUCGGAUCUGCGGGACGCGGCGCUCCUGCAGCAGCUGGAGGGCGCAAGGCUGCACAGGGACGCGAACGCCGACGUGGACCUGGGCCGCGGUUUCGGCUCCGACUACCAGCUGGACAUGCUGAGGGGGGAGUUGCACCAUCCCGCGUCGAACCGCACCCAGUACAGGGCUCUGGUCGCGAAGCAGGCCCAGGACAUCCGCUCCCUACGGGAAGGCUGGGCUGCUGCGGAGCAUGCGCUGCGGGACCAGCUCGCCACGCUCAGGGAGCAGCUGCAGGCGUACAUCGCGAUGAGCUCGGAUGCGCCAGCGGCCGCGGGCGAGCACAACGACGACGCAUCCGAUGGCUCGCUCUCGUCCCUCGUGGUGGAGGAUCGAGGUGAUGAUUGCGAGUUCUCCGACGGGUUCGAUACUUCCGAUGUCCUCCUCGAUGGGACUGUGGGCCUCAGGGCCUUGCCUCCCCUGCCUGCUCUCACCGACUGCCCGAUCGGUUUCAGGGCUCUCACUUGGCUGUGGGACGGCAGGGAUCCCACCGACAUGAGGCGCAUCGCCGACGAGCUGAAGUGGGCGGCUGCGACCCCCGUGCCCGAUGAGCUCGAGGGCGACACGGUGGAUGUGGUUCCCGAGGGCGCCGCGGCGCCAGGAGUCCACGUGGACGAUAUCGAGUUGGACGACCUGCAGGCGAUCAUCCAGCAGCACUGCGCAGCGGGGGGGAGGCUCAGAGUCCCCCGAGGCGCUGGCCCAGCUGCUGCGGGCGACACCACUGCCCCUGCAGGAACUAACGGCGACGGGUUCGGCGACGUCGGCGGCCGAUCCGUUCCCUACAGCGGCGAUGGCAUCGACACAGGCUUCUUGUCUGCAGGCGAGCUUCUGGAGGCGGCGGCCGCCUCGCGGUUGGCCCUCGCAGCGGCCAGCUUCCUCCUCGGGGUCCCACUCGAGGCGCCCCAGGCCUUAGACGCUCAGAUGCCCGAUGAGGCAAUUUGCUUGCCAGUUGUUGCCGCUCUUUAUCAAUAA